UAUCGACGUCGAUCAAGUUCCUCGACGUGUUUCACUUCACCUUAAAGAAGGUGUUGCUUCGCAAUGAAUUCGAACAAUCAAUUUUUCCUUCGUUUUACGGCGCAUAUCCAUUACCUAAUGUUCUAACAGGGAACGAGAAGGAAACGAGACCCGUAUUUUUGUGGAAUUUAAUGCCUUGUUUAAAGCGAUUAUCAAUCAGCAAUUAACGUUUUCAUUUAAAUUCCUCUUUGGGGCAAGAAAUCUGGGGAUAAACUCAUGGUAAUUAGGUUUGGAGUAUUUUUCCUAGUUAGGUGACUCGUAUUCUCACGAAGAAAAUUAUUUCCGUGUCCUUCUCUUUCACUCGACUUGAAGUUCAAGAUCCUGACUUGAAGGUCUAUGAGGAAUCCAUAUUCGUAAAAAGUGAAGCGGUAGUGUGGGAAUACUUAGUCAGAAUCUGAAAUUUGUCAGGCAUUGUAGCUGUAAUGGUAUGCGCAUCGCUCAAAUUAAUCGUUUUCCACUCAAAAUGUGCGGUUCAAUUAUUCGUUUCCGGCGGCGAUGAUUUCAGGACAUUACCGAUUGUUAUCGUAUCAAAGGAACACUUGUAUUUUUAUGUGUUAGUGGUUGAGAGUAGCAGAAAGUCCAUUUUACAUAUUCUGUUGUUUAACGACCCUCCACUGAAAAAUUUUUUACACUUAAUGUGGACACGAUCCUUGUUCCGCGACAGAUUCAGACGUUAUCUACUAAUUCAAGAACUCUGCUUUAGGUUCUUUUUAUAAUCGAGGUGUGAACUCAGUUUCACAGAAAUUUAGACCGACAGUAGGUAGUCUGAAUUUAUCGAUUAAGACGAAGCUUGUUCAUGAUAAAAAUCGACCAUUUUCGGCGAGGGGCCGUUAGAUGGCAGCACCUCGCGAUGACGUCUAAAUUGGACCAAGCUAUACCGCCAAGCAUUUUUGAGCGAGCACGUCUUGUAUACCGAAGGUCAGAGGUAACGGAAUUUCAAUAUUCCAUCGAUUUUGAAAUAUGGAGACCGAGGAAAACGAGCGCAAUAUACUUCAGGACAUUUUGAGCGCUGAGGAAAUAUCUCAGAUUCCCGAUGGAAUCGCCAAGAAACUGAAGUCGUACUUUAACGACAAGUUUGAAGAAUUCAUCACCGCCAAGGCAGUUUUCGAGACAAGUCGACAAAAUCUUGAACAGAAAUGGGGCAUUUUAAAAAAAGAAUACGAUGAACAGAAACUAGAUUUCGAAGAAUGUAAAGGGAAGUUGAAUUUAGCUGAGAAAUUCACGCAGGAACUGCAAAGCAAUCUUGACGAUGCCAAGAGCGAAAUUUAUAAGCUUCAGGAGACGAUUAAAAGAUUGGAAAAGGAAAAUUCAGAUUUUCGGCGUCAACGAGAUGCAGCUGCUGACGAGAGAGAUACCUUGCAUUUACAAGUGGAGCGGCGUGAUGCCGAAGUGGAAAGAAUGCGUACCGAGCUUAAUUCACUUGGUGCUCAAUUACAAACCGCUGUUGCUGCUAAAUGUCAAGCGCUUGCUGAUAUGGAAGAAGUACACAGUAGAGAAAUGACCUUGGACUUUAAAGAAAAACGACUAGAUCAAGAACGGACUCUGUUGACUCAACAAAUGGCUAGUUUGGAAGAGGAACUUGCGAAGAGGACAUCCGAGUUACAGUCGGUACGUGCUGAAGCUUCGGCACGUGCUCUAUUGACUGACACACGAUUGGCUCAAAGAGAGGAAGAACUACGAAUCGCAAAUGAAGCCAAUGCACAAUUGCGUGAGACCAAUACAAAUUUCCAACGGCGGUGUGAAGAACUUGCCCAAAAAUUAGAGGAACAGAGAACACAUGAGCUUUCUAUGCAUGCCUCAUAUCGUGAGGAAGUGGGAGCUCAGACAAGAUUAGCAGAUCUUUACAAAGGAAUGUCUGACGAGGCAAAUGCUAAAGCGGAUGAAUUUAGUAAUGCAGUGAAAGAACUACAAGAACUCUUAGAGCAUGCAACAGAACAAUAUGGUGCUUUGGAGACCACGCACAAUGAACUCCAACUUAACCAUGAACGUGAACUUGCUGAAAGGCAAACUAAAAUUGACGAAUUGUCUAAGGAACUUGAACACGCCAAUGAUUUGCUUAAGAAUAUUAAACAAGAGAGACUGGAUCAAGCCGUAGAACAGUUAGCACCAACUGCUGCAGUCACUAGUCGCAUACUCAAAAAGGGACUUAGUCUAACGCAGAUUUAUACUCAGUUGAUCGAGGUGAGCAAUGAAUUAACUUUUGAACGGGAAGAAAACGAGAGACUGAAGUCACAGAUGGAUGUUAUCCUUCGUGAAUUAGAAGAAAAAGCUCCAUUGCUAAAGCAGCAGAAUGAAAAUUAUGAGGCUGCUGUAGCAAAUGUGACGGAAUUGACGUCGCGGCUUGAUGAACUCUUAUCAGAAAAUAAUCGCUUGCGCGAGGUUGCAGACGAUGCAACGAGAACGUCUACCCACCAUACUCGAGAAAAUCAGAAAUUAAAAACAGAAUUGGCAGAUUUGGCUAGACAGGUCUGUUUCCUUCUUAAAGAAGUACAGGAGAGUCGGGGAGGAAGAGCAAUUCCUAUUGGCGACUUGUCCUCCUCCGCAAUGGAGACCGACGACCUUGCCUCGUCACAGAUAAUCAGUAAAAAACUAGUUACCUUCAGGGACAUCGAAGAAUUACAAGAGAACAACCAAAAAUUAUUAUCAAUAGUCAGAACAUUGUCUUCCAGACAAGAAGAAAUUGAAAGAGCCACCGAUGAAAUCAAUUCUGGUGAAAUGAAAGAGCGAUUGGACAGAUACUUGGAACAGUUGAACGACAUGCAAGCAGCUCAAGACAGGCAAGCAAAAAUGUUGGAGGGGUUGCUGCGGCAGCGGGACAUGUACAAAAACAUGUAUCAACAGUGUCUAAACCAAACAGGAACUGUUGAAACAAAAGGUUCAAAGUCUACAAUGGAAGAUGGUGAAAAUGUCGAAGACACGUCACUGGAAAGACAAAACGAAAGUGAAAAACGUAACCAGAAUCGCGAGAUCGAGGAGAGACACAAGGAAAGCGAAAGAAAAGUGUCUGAACUGGAGAGUAAGUUAAAACAAGUUUCUGACGAAUAUGACACGUAUAAAAAGGAGAAAGCGGCACACGAAAAAAUGAUGGGCGAGGAGGUAGAGAGGCUGCGCAAGGAAGCAGAAGGCAAUUCUACGCGUUGUUGCCGAUUGAAGGCACAGUUGGACUCCGCCAACGAGAGGUUCCAUCUUUUGCAAGCCAACGUAGCUUCGUAUAAGUCUCAGAUUAAGGUUCUGGAAGAGAAAUGUAACAACUAUAGUACUACAAUUGGGAAACACGAGCAGAGCAUCAUGAUCUUGAAAGACGAGACCCUGUCUGCCCAGACGCGUCUCUCUCGCGCCGAAGUGCAGUUGGAGAACAUCAGACAAGAGAGGCAGCUCUUGCGCGAUUCCGAAGGCCGAUUGCUGAAGGAACGUGAAGUUCUACAGCGAGAAAGGCAGACGCAGUCGUUGUUGAGGGCGGAUGUAGAGGCGAUUAAAGCCAGCAUCGAACGAGCUCAGGCCGAAGGCCAAUUACGCGCUGAACAGCGUUUGGAUGAUGCGACUCGGGAAUGCGCUGCCCUCAGAAGACGUCUUCAGGAAGAACAAGAUCGGUUCCGGGAACUUGCUUCUCACCUGGAAAAGCAGCUGACUGCGGCUCAAGAAAGAUUGGCGGAAGAGCGCGCUUUGGCCGAACGUACUCGAGCUGAACUUGAACAAUCUAGAGCUGCCGAAACCGAGAACGCAAAACGCAUCGAAGAGCUCUCCGCUAAAUUGAGGCAAGCUGCUGCCCAUUCCAUAGCGAAACCGAUAACUGGAGACGAGAACUUAGCGAAGAGACUAAAGGAACUCGAACUCCAACUUGCCGGAAGCCAGGCUGAGGUGAAGUCUCUGACCGAUCAACUGAAAGCUGCUCGUCAGCAAGCGCAGCAGUACUGCGACAUCGCUGAGAGUGCCGAGACUCAAGUGCGAGAACUUACGGCUGAGUAUAACAGAAGGAAGGAAGAGUUGGAGUCCACGUUGAGAGACGUGCGGCAGGAGACGGCCAAUUAUGAGAAGAGAGUCAAAAUGCUGGAAGAGGAACUCGCCAAGGUGUCUCAUGGAUGUCUGGAAACUGACUCUGAGUUACGGGAAAAACUGAUGGAUGCAGAGAAAAGCCUGGAAGAAAUGGAUGAAAUUAAGGGUGAGCUUGAAUUGCUGAAGAGCGACGUUCAGACCGCGUCUUUAGCUGCGAAGGAAGCGGAAGAGAAAUAUGCCAGAGAGAUGGCCCUGCAUUCCGCGGAUUUGCAGGCAUUAGCGAAAUUAAAGGAGGAAUCUCAGGAAGCCUUGAACAAGAUGUCUGCUAUGACACAAGAAAGAAACGCGGCAGUGGAGGCCCUAGCAUUGGAAACAGCCGCCUGGAAGGAGAGAGAACAAAUGCUGCGCGACGAGAUGCAAGAGAUGCAGAAGCGAAUGGAAGACCUCGACGCGCAGAAUGCACUUCUGCAUGACCAGAUCCAAGAGUUGAGCGAUCGUUCUGCCAUAAUGCAGUCUCAGCAAUCCAAGUUAUCCAGUCGUGAUAGUCCGGACACGAGUCUGGAAGCGAUGAAUCGCAGCUUCACUGACGAAGACUCCAAAUCGGCCGAGCAGCUUUUGAGAGUGAUGAAGUAUUUGAGGAGAGAAAAGGAUCUGACAGUAGCUAAGUUUGACGUUCUGCGAGCUGAGAAUCUUCGACUUAAAUCCCAGGUUGAAGUCGCGGAGAGAAGACUGAAGGAGACCGAGGCUUUACUGAACACCGAAAGGGAGAAAUCCGAAAUAGACGUCGUGACCGUUUCCAAGCAUGCCGAGUUGUUGCGCAAAGUUGAAACGCUUAACGCCAUCACCGAUUCCAACCGAAUUCUGCGGGAAGAAAGAGAUUCUCUCAGCAGCAAAGUAACCGAGCUCAGUGCAAAAGUUGCAUCUCUCUCGGAAGAGGUGGGACCUCUGCGCGACAGAGCUAGAGACUUAUCGGCAAAGACCGAAGCACUGAUGCAAGAGAAUUCCAGCCUGAAGGGCGAAGCAACAAGAUGGAGGCAACGCGCAAACGUCUUGGUCGAGAGGGCCAAUAAGGCAAGCCCCGAAGACUGGCGCCGUCUGCAAACGGAGCGAGAAAAUCUGAGCAAGCUGCUGACUUCGGAACGAGAGACCCAUGCAAAGCGAAACGACGAGUUGAACGCGGUCAAGGCAGAAAAGGUGAAACUCGAGGAACAGCUCCAGCAAUUGCAGAAACAAGUGCAGACUCAAGGCGAGCAGGUAACGAAGGUCUCGGAGGAGGCGCGGAAGCUGGGUCAGGAUUUGACCGAAGCCCUGGCAGACUCCACAUCCAAGGCGAAAGACCUGGCGAGUCUGCGAAAGGAACUAGGCGACAAGGAGGCUAUCUUGACGGACAUCAGGAACAAGGAGUUCCAGAUCAGGAAAAUAGCCAAGAAGUACAAGACUCAGUUCGAGGAGCUGGCCAAAUCCGUUGAGGAGGAAAAGACCAAGACCGAGGAAUCCCGAGUCGCGGGCACUGCAGCGGCCAAUGAGGAAGCGCUUCAAGUAUCCCAAGAGCGCGAGGAUCAGCUACGAGAAGAGGGCCGACAAGAAUUGCGCCAGGAAAACCAAGAAUUGUCCUCGAAGAUCGACGAGUUGACGCGUCAGCUAGCGGGAAUGCAGGGCGAAAUGGACACGUUGAGGAAGGAGAUCGAGGUGAUAAAUAAAUCCAGCGUCGAAAAGGAGGAGCGCGCGAAGCAGGUACUGAAAGGAGCGCGGACGAAGAUCAUGCAACUGACGGAAUCGAAGAAGAUCUACGAGAAGGAAUUGAGCGACUUGAAGACCAAGAUAGAAUCCAAUGCGACCGAGUCCGAGACCACGGAGCAUGAGGCCAGGUUGACGGCUCUGAAAUCGCAGCUGGAGGGCAGAAUCGCGCGUUUGGAGCAUGAGAAAGCAGAGGUCCAUGCAGAGAAGGAAGCUCUCCUUCAGAGAGUCUCCCAGCUACAAAGACAACUGGCUGGGGUUAGCGGAGUCAGCGCAACCACUGAGCCACCGACUGCCAACAUAAAACCAAUGUCCGCAAGGGCCGAAACUCCUUUAGCGAGCAUUCGCCCCAUGAGUGUCGUGGUACAAUCCAGAACAGCCGCUGUUCUGCCUACCACUGCCAGUGCCCCUGUGCUGGUUGCUCCCCAGCAACAGCAGCAACAGCAACAGGUUGUCCACACGACGGAGACCAGCUCCCCGACGAGCAGCCACACGGACUACCAGCCAGCAAGCACCAGCAGCAGUUCCUUGCAAACGGCGCCGACUACUCUGAGGCAGCUGGCCGUCCAGCCUCAGCUGAGCGAAUCCGCAGAAUCUACCCAGAGAGAGGAGUCGGAGAUAGCGGAGAUGAACAUGCAACCACAGCCGUGCCAGCAGCAGCAACAGCAGCAGCAACAGCAAACGGUGGCUUUGGUCAGUCCCAGAGUCGAACAGCAACAACAGCAGCAGCAAGCCGCUGCCAGCGACCAACAGCAAACGGUAGCUAGUAGCUCGACGCAGUCCGUCAGUACUUCUCAGGCCACUUCGGGGCACAAACGUCCGAGAACUCUCGAGUCUUCGACGUCGGGGUCAGUCGUCGAGGGUGGGGAACACGGCAGGCAAGAUCAGAUACCCAGUCCGAAGGCUAAGAGGAGCAGACAGCAAGAGAUGACCUCCACGGCUACUGCCAGCGCGUCCGAAGUUGAAUAUCAAGUACCAACGUCCAGCCAACGGGACCAGGAUGAGGAGCUGGAAGAAGGUUGCGUGGUGGUGGUGGAUUGCGACGAAGGCGAGGGUGGCGGAAACCACCAAGCUCAAGAAGAGGAAGAGUUCGACAAUGAUCCCUAUGAGGAGAUGGAAGAGGAGGAGGAAAUGCCAUAUGGAGUCGAGGUAGAGGUAGAGGGCGAUAAUAACGAGGUUGAGAUCAUAAUGGAGGAGGAUUCCACCAGCGUCGAAGUACCGAGGCAAGUGCAGCCAAAUUUGGCCUCCAAUCAGCAGCAACAACAAUCGGAGGCCAUCAGCAGUGCCGGUCCCACUGGAGAACCACCGUCUUCCUUCGUUCCGCGUUCUUCUCGGGGCAUCGCUCCCAUGCCCAGGCAACAACAGCAGCAGCAUCUUCUCCUGCCUCAGCAGGGAUACGAGGACGGUGGAGACGACAGCAUAGUACCUAGCACACCUACUCUCUUCGUUCCUCGACGAGGUGACUUCGGCGAGGCCGUGAGCUCUCCCCAGGUUCCUCAGGGUCGCUUCACUUUCGGAGACCCAGCGCCGCCUUCCACGGCCUCCUCGGCGCCUUGUCUUGCCACUCCCACAGGGUCGACUGCAAGGGCAAUUUUCGGUUCCUCCGGCUCCGGGGUUGCUCAGGUCGUCCAGGAAGGGAUGGACGACACCAGGAUGGACCUAACUCAGUUGGAGGAUGGCGGGACCGGGCGGAGCGUGCCCACCACGCCGCUGCAGGUGUCCCCGGCUGCCGAUUUGCCUCCUUCGACGAGCAGCGCAACUUCGGAAGAACAGGAGACUCCCGUUUCGGUGACGGCGAUAACCGCAACAGGUACGACAGUGGGUGAUAACGAGGAAGAAGCCGCGAUCCCUAGUAUUCGCGUAAUCACUGCUGAAGAGCAGGAACAUGCUCAAACAGAGGCAAUAACAGAGUCCAUCAAUGUAACACCAACUGAUGGUGCGAGCUCGGAAGAGGAGAAGCAGUCGGAAGAGGCGGGAGCUUCGGCUUCCGGGACCGCGGACGACGUCGCCGCGGAUACCGGAGUCGAAGCUAACGAGGAGUCUAGCGAAAUCGUCGAGGAAGACGCCGAAGAGGAAAGCAGAGAAGCCGAGGCCACUCCUUCGAGCAACACGAGACAGAGGACGGCAGCUGCCGCAGCUGCAGCUGCUACAGGAUCCGCUGCUACGAAUGGCACUCCCAGGGGAUCGACCGCGAGAAGAUCGGCUAGGACGCCCUUCAGGGCUGCUCGGGGCUCUCGACCUACUCCCAUCGUUUGGGGGGACAAUCAAGCGAAUCGAGGUCAAGGAAUGCGUGGACAUCCUAGCCGGGGGGCCAGCAACGAAACCAGGGGCAGGGGCUCCAGGGGUCGUCGGAUUCGAUCUAAGUAUCCUUAUGCACGGUUCUAAAAGCUUUCCAACAUUGAAGAUACGAAAUAGCACAAAUUAAAUGUCCCUUGGGAGUUGUAUCCGAGCUAGCCAUAGUGUUCCGUCGUGUCUGUAAGCGCGAAUCAAGGGUACCGCCGAAACGAACCUUGGAUUUUGUCAGUGACUGAUAUCGUUCUCUUUGGGGUGGGGCCGAUCAAGUUUAUACUCAUUAAACGCCGAUACAACGAUGAAGAAAGAGCAAGGGCCACUGGUAGGGACAUUCCGAACAUUUCAGCAAGAGGACAAGACGCAUCUCUGCAACGGGCAGGAGGAUUUCAGAAACUACGGGAUUAACGAAGUGAGAUGUAUGCGCGUCUCGAUGAUUAUACGUCGGUUGUUGUAAAGUA